GGUUUUUUUCGCCUUUGGCCACUAGCUUCUGCCGGUCUCGCACAUUGCAUUGAACGCCCCAUCGUGUGCGUGCGCGGCUGUUUACCGUGGUCACUGCCUUGGCUUUCUCCGUGGAGACGCCCGUCUUUUAAAUAUUUAUUUAUUCUUUUUUUUGUUGUUUUGAAAGUACUUGUGCGUGUCACGUUCUUUUUGGGGCCGCUUUACUGCUGCGUCGAAGCCUCGUCAUGCAGCCGCGUCGCUCCAAGGUGGUGCCCGACCCGCUGGUGUACCCCGACAAAGCCAACAACGCGAGCAAUGGAGGGCCCACAGAAGUCGGUGCGGUCACCGCCGGCAACGGCGUGCCGCGGCCCCGUCUCUGCCGUGUUCCCUCGCCCCCCAGCAUACAACCCUCGACAACACCGAUGAGCACUGCGGAGCCGUUCUCCCCUGGCUUGAACGUUUACCGCAGUGGCGGAGGCGCAGGAAUCACUGCCUCUAUCUCCCCCAAAACAACCGUGCUGGUGGACCACCACGUGACGAACACCGGCGCCGUGGUGCGGCUGGAGCAGGUGGAUUAUAGUAAGGCGAUGCGCGCCUAUCGUGUGUGUCGACAGGAGGGAGGGGUUACACCCUACGACGCAAGGCGCAGCAGCAGUCGCAGCAGCAACAGCAUUUCAGCUGGCGGUGCAGCCGCGUCUGCACGGUCCGGCUCACCGAUCAGCAGCGCACCCGGCUCUGCGGCUACCACGUCGUGUACGAGUAGCAACGGGCCCUCCGCAGCGAGUCCGACGACGGGCGGCACUUUGUCCACCGUAGGUUUGAACGGCAACAACGCCAACGGCAUCAACCACAGCCGAAGUGCAUCCGGCCUCAAUGCGGGCGGCGCACCCAACCAGUGUCCUGUUUCUUGGCGUGUGGUGCUGCUGCGCCUCUUUGGCGCGGCGGACAUGGUGCUCGUGGCCACCGCCGUGGCAUGUUUCUUAGUUCUCGUCUCCCGUCUGCAUGCGUCUCAGCAAAUGAGGGGCAGAGGGAACCACAUCAUCAGCGGCAACGGCGGUGGUGGUGCGGGUGGUAGAGGCGGUGUCUCGACGUCGUGGGUGAUGUCGCUGCUGGCGAGCCUCAUAGGCCGCUACGUUGGCGCUCGAGUAGGUGCGACCGGCUUCGAUGCAGCAAAGGGGGAGUCGCCGUCGCUGAUCAGCGAGGACAAAGCGAGCACGCGUGCGGUCGCGACGCACAAUUCCGGCAGCGCACUGGUCCCCACGCCCACCGUCGCCGCCUCUUCCUCGUCCUCGUACACCCAGGCGACGCACGCGGCAGCGCUCGACGUCACCGUGACGAUCGUGCUGUUCUUCUUUUCCGUAGUGCUGCUCGCGAAGCGGCUCAGCAGCGCGUUCUCGCGGGUUUAUGUGGAGGAGGUACUCGUGAUGCGGGGCGUCGGCCUGCAGUUUGCCUCCUACGGCAUCUUCCACACGCUGCGGUAUAAAGUGUUUGUCGACCUGCAGAUGCUGCGCUCGCUCGUUAUUCAUGACGCCUUUGCCCGCUAUCAGCCGAUCUUUUACCUCUCGUCGUCUGUGGAGAACCGGGCGGAGCGGGUGGUGUUUUUCCCGGAUACGCUGCCGCGGCUGGCGGUGCUGCGGCCCGUGUUGAACGGGAUACGCGGCGUGCUGUACGGCGAGCCGGAGGAGGGCCCGAGCUUGGCGGAGUUGGAGGAGUGCUGGAACACGUCGUCGCGUGAGAUAUCAGAUGACGAGCCGUUCACGGAGGACAGCUUCGCGUAG